AUGAUAGAAUUAUUAGAAAGAUGUGUCCAAAAUCCAAAAUAUGAAAGUACUACUGUUACUUUUUGUGAUACAGCAACUACAUUGCGUCAAUUGCAAAUUGAUGAUUUUGUAUAUAAUGUGACUGAUAAUGUGACAAGAACUGAUUUUUUGCAAAAGUCAAAUGAAACCUAUGAUGUACCCUUGGUAGCUGCUCAGUGGCGCACAAUGACCCAUCAUUACCCAAGAACUGCGUCCAGAUCUGAUCUCAUGGGUGCUUUGACCAAUUUAGAAGUAAUUUUAGUACGUGCUACCACUUCUGAACGUAUGCGAACAGCUUGUAUUAGUGAUGUUAAGAUGGAUCAAGCCGUUACCAGAUUUACUGGAAGAACCAGCUAUAGGCCAGUCGAAGUUUGCAGAUGUCCUGCUGGAUAUCAAGGAACCAGUUGCCAGAGUUGUUCUACAGGAUAUUAUCGAGAUGGUACAAUGUGCAGACAGUGUCCAUGUGGACCCAACAGUGAUUCUUGCUCGGCUGAACAAAAUGGCAGAGUUAGAUGUCAUUGCAGUCAUGGAUACAGUGGUGAAAGAUGUGAUGUAUACGGCGACAACCAAGUUCUACCACCAGCACCAGAAGUUCCACCACCACCAGGCAAACCAACAAUAACUGUGUACAUUUCUGAACCAACUCUGCAAAUUGUAGAAGCUGGUUCUACAGUCAGAUUACAUUGUAACGCCAGAUCCCUCACAGAUCACUCUCCUCUGGUUGUGACCUGGGAAAAACAAGGUGGAGAUUUGCCAAGAGAUCGUGCCAUGGACGAUAGGAGAGGAAUGUUGGUAAUCACUGAUGUCCGGGUUUAUGAUGCCGGAGUUUACGUCUGCAGAGCUUCUGAUUCUUACAGUAUUGUUACUGAUACUGCCACCGUCCAAGUUGGUAAUCAGGGAUCACCUCCACACGUAAGUUUACCAGCAGAUUUGUACGUCAACGAAGGCGAAUCAGCAAGAUUAAGGUGUGACGUUCAAGGCAACCCUAGACCAUCCAUACACUGGAGCAGGGAUGACGGCUUACCAUUUAACCCAUCGGUGCAAGUUUUUGAAAACGAGUUGAUAAUCUCAGGAGCAACCCCACAUGAUUCUGGUAGAUACAGAUGCACAGCAUCUUCUUCAGCUGGUACCCAUGCUGCUGUUACCCAAGUCCAAGUGCAAAGGGCUCCUUCAGGAGGUUCAAGUGAAGGUUCCAUUGUUUUGUGGAUUGACAGGCCGGAAUACAGAGGCAGACCUGUCCAGGAAGUCGCUCUGAGGUGCAGAGGUGGUGAGCAGGGCAGACCUUACGAAUGGCACAGAUACAACGACAACUUGCCACAUUACGCUGAAGAUAGUAGAGAUGGUGUUCUUGUGAUCAGAGAUGCAAGACCAGAUGACUCAGGAUUAUACCUUUGUUCGCAAACGACGCACGAAGGCAGAUAUUUGGAAGCUAAUGUGACUGUUGUUAUUAACAAUGAGAGUGGAUCUGGUAUUGAUUCAGGUUCUCAUUAUCCACCAAGCCAAACAAGACCAAGACCAGAAGUUCCUAUCGUAUGGGUCGGAGCACCAAGACACACUGUACACCAAGGACAAUCUUUGGAGAUCUUGUGCGAAGUUAAAAACAGUCCGCAAGCCAAUAUUAAAUGGACCAAGUUGGGAGAAUCAAUGCCAAACAACGUAUACCAACGUGGACCAUACUUGCAUAUCAAUGACUGCCAACCUAGAGACGGUGGUGUUUACGUAUGCUUGGCUGUAAAUCCUGAUGGUGUCAGUGCCCAGAACUCAACAGAAGUCUAUGUUGAACGUUUGGAGUUACCUCAAAUUCUGAUCCAUCCAGAAGGCGGUUCACACUUAACCAGAGUAGGAUCAUCAGCAAUGCUGCAAUGUCAAGUAACUGCAGGAACCCCUGAACCAACUGUCGAAUGGACUCGAGUAGAUCGAAGGCCACUUGGACACAAUGCUGAAAUAAUCCAACCAGGAGUAUUGAGGUUGCACAGUAUAGUCCCAGAAGACGCAGGAUCCUACCUUUGCAGAGCAUCCAACGCUGCAGGAUCAACCGAAGCCUCAAUUUCCCUAGAAGUCCAAGAACCACCAAGGGUAGUCAUCUACCCUGAUCAACGGGAACUCACAGUCUCAUCAGGACAACUUGUGACUUUAACCUGCACAUCCCAAGGAGGAAGUCCCAGACCAGAACUUCGCUGGAGACAUCAUCCCAAUGCUAGAGUCGAAGAGGACCAUGAGAGGAGACAUCAAGCAGGUGAUCGUGUAGAGUUGAUAAUCAGGUCUGCUCAGCCUUCUGAUGAAGGAGAGUUUGUGUGCACUGCUCAUAAUGCUGCAGGAAGCGAUUCUCGUACCAUUAGGCUUAUCGUAGGACCGAGGAGAGGUGAUAUUCCUGACAACCACGUGAACGCAUCAGACAACGAAAUCCCACACGAACCUGAACAUGGAUACGACCCCUACAGACCAGAAGAUCCAUAUUACAGACCAGAAGAUCCUCACCACAGACCAGAAGAUCCAUACUACAGACCAGAAGAUCCUCACUACAGACCAGAAGAUCCCCAUCACAGACCUGAAGAUCCUCACCACAGGCCAGAAGAUCCUCACCACAGACCAGAAGAUCCCUACUAUCGACCAGAAGAUCCCAAUUACAGACCAGAUGAACAUUAUCCCCAUGGAGGAUCUGAACCAUACCCACCACCAAUGCAACAACAAGAACUCGAAGGAUAUUUGAAUGGAACUGUUAAUAUGACCUGCAGAACAGUCGGAUCUCCACAUGUGAUGGUCCGUUGGCAAAGAUCAGAUGGACGUCCCUUACCAGCUCAUCAUGCCCAGUACGAUGGUGUCUUGACUCUGCAAAUGUUGCAAUUUGAGGAUGCUGGUGACUAUGAAUGCGUUGGUACAGGACCCAGAGGAGAGCCUAAGUUUAGGGUGCAUACCAGGCUUACAGUAUACGAACCUUUGAGACUUCAUCUGGAACCCUCGAAACAAAUCGUGAAACUGGGACAGGAUGCUCAAAUUUUGUGCUCUGCCACUGGAAGUCAUCAGCCUGUACAUUUGAGAUGGGAACCUGUCGAUAGACCAAUGCCAAGAUCUGUUAUCACCAGAGAAGGAUACUUGCAGUUCAACAGAAUCGAGUUGCAUGACGCCGGCAGCUACGCCUGUAUUGGCAGAGAUGCUCGUGGAUCCGAAGCCCAAAGCACUGCUGUAGUUAUUGUACAAGAUAGUGCAGCUCCUGCACCACACCCAGGAUACCCUGGAGGCCCCAACGACGUCGCUGGGUACUUCCCAGGAGGCACCAGAACCCAAACAGCCUACGUAAACUCUAAUGUAGAAUUAAGAUGCGAACUACCAGCUGCCACAUCAUACGAUCACACACCAAAUGUCCGUUGGGAUCGCGAGGGUUCCCGUCACCUGCCACGCGGAAGCGAAGUCCAGGGGGUGACUCUGCGAAUGUCGAACGUGCAGCCCCACGACGCCGGACGCUACUGGUGCUCUUUGACCGACCGCGAUGGUAAAUUGCAGAGGGAAUACGUCGAACUGAGAGUCGAACCACCAACAUCAGUAGAUUUGCCCCAUUUGGAAAUCAGCCCAACCCAAGAUUCUCCAGUAAGACAAGGUGAUAAUUUGGAUGUGAUCUGCAGAUCUAGUGAUGUUGAAGAUGUUGUCACCUGGACUAGACCUGAUCAGGAUAUGCCUUAUGGAGCAACGGUUCAUGGUAAUACCUUAAGGUUCAUGAAUGUCCAACCUGAAGAUGCUGGAAGCUACUUGUGUUCUUCCACAACUGCUUAUGGAGUGCCUUAUAGCCAGCAAUACGACUUACACGUAGAAGAAUACGACAGCAGAUAUCCAGAUGCAUCGAGACCACAUGGUGGUUCCCAAGAACAACACGAAAGGCACCAGCCAUACGAUUCUAGAGAACAGGAUCAUGUCACAUCUCGUGGUGGAUUUGGUGAUUCACCUGAAGGCAGAUCUUCGGAAGAUCACUCUGGAGUACCUUCUGAUCUUCAUGGAAGACCAACUUCAUCUCACCAUGAUGCUGGACAUUUUCAACCUGACCAAGGACACUACCAACCAGACCACCACGAUCCCUACCAUCCCGAAGAAGACUAUCAACCACCAACUCAUCACGAAGAGGAACACCAUCACAAAAGACCUAGUCAUCACCAACACAAGAGACCAGUACAUGUAUCAUCUGCCAAAAUUGGUGAAGGCAUAAAGAUGUCUUGUGACACUGAUAUGGAAGGUAACAGGCUGCAGUAUGCUUGGAGCAAGAAAGGAUUUGCUUUGCCAAGUGAUGUCCAAACUGAUGAGGAGUUCUUGCAAUUGACCAAUGUCAAGGAAAGUGAUGCUGGUUUAUAUGUUUGUACUGUGAAGAAUGGAACUGAUACGUUUGAAAUUCCAAGUAUGCUCUUGGUCACAGGAACCAUACCCAGAUUUACAAGAUCCACGGACAGCUAUCUAGAAUAUCCAACUUUGCAAGAUGCCUACACCAAAUUCGACUUUGCUCUGACGUUCAAACCAGAAGAACAAAAUGGCCUUCUACUUUUCAAUGGUCAAUUCUCACCACCAUCCAACGGCGACUUUGUGUCCCUGGCUUUGGUAAAUGGAGUUCCUGAAUUCAAAUACAAUUUAGGAGCUGGUGUGACAACUUUAAAGGCACCCGAAGAUUUAGUGUUGGCACCAGGAGAAUGGCACCAUAUUUCUGUGAGCAGAAGUCGCAAAGAAGCCAUGAUGUACGUCGAUGGACAAGGGCCAUUCAAAGUUGUAGCUCGGGGUAAACAUAUUGGAUUAGACCUAAAACAACCCAUGUAUGUUGGAGGUGUUCCUGAUUCUGAAUCUUUGCCUGAAGGUGUUGAUAAAGAAGGAUUUGUAGGUUGUAUUUCUGGUUUGACCCUAAACAAACGUGAUGCCUCACUUUUGGGUGAUGCCUUGGUUCAAGGGGAUGGUGUAGCUGAUUGUGAAACUUGUUCGCCUUAUGGAGGUGCUGCAAAUGCUUGUCAUAAUGGUGGUAAAUGUCAAGAAUCUAAAGAAGCUCCUGGAUGGAGGUGUUUGUGUCCUGAAGGAUUCUCUGGAAAUGAUUGUUCGAGAAGUGGCGACGUGUGCUACCCAGGUGCUUGUGGAGCUGGUAGAUGUUCAGAUGCACCCUCAGGUGGAUUUGUAUGUGCUUGUCCAUUUGGCAGAACAGGAAGCAGAUGUGAAUUGACUGUUGCAAUUGCUGAACCUUCAUUCAAAGGUGACGGAUAUUUGACACUACCACCACCAAAAAGGCGUGCAAGAUUCGACUUGGAAGUAAAACCAGACGAUGUCUCCAAGGACGGUUUGAUUUUGUACUGUGCUGAAAGCGAAAAGGGCCAUGGUGAUUUUGUCAGCUUGGCUUUGAAAGAUGGACAUCUUGAAUUCAAGUUUGAUACCGGAGCAAACCCGACAGUAGUUCGUUCCCAUCAACCUUUGUCUCAAGGAAAAUGGGUUAAGGUCAGUGCAGGAAGACAUGCUGGAGAAGCAAGAUUGACAGUUUCUGGACAACCCGAUGCAUCAGAAAAGGUGAAAGGACCUCGCAAACCUUUGGCACUUCAUACCAAACUCUAUGUAGGUGGCUUUGAUGGUGAAAAAACUACUUUGAACGCUGGUGUUGGCGUCGAUCAAGGAUUUGUUGGAUGUGUAAAUGACAUUGAUGUUGCCGGUCUGGCUGCUGACUACAGUUCUAUUGACGAUUCUGCAAAUGUAGGACAAUGCGAUUCAUCCAGCAAUGGACAUGAAGAACAACCAGCAGGUUACUUGGAAAAUGAUGAAGACAACUUAGUAGCCGGAGGCCAUGACACAUCUUAUGGAGGAGAUCAUGUGUCUUCUGGUCAACACGGAGGUCAUCAUGCCAUCCACCAUACACCAUCGCCUUGUGAUACAAACCCAUGUUCCAACGGAGGUAUUUGUCGUUUGGAACCUGGUUCUUACGAUUUCAUGUGCCAAUGUCCUGAAGGAUUCACCGGAAAAACUUGUGAUGCAGCUUUGAAUCCUUGUGAAACUUUAAGACCUUGUCAGAAUGGUGGAUCAUGCCAUGCCUUAGGUGGAAGUUACCAAUGUUACUGCCCAUUGGGAUUCAUGGGAACCAAUUGCGAAGACGUUGCUGAAUUUGAUAGUUCCGUAUCAUUUGCUGGUGAUGGUUAUGUGGAAUUGAGUAGAGGUUUGUUGCCCCAUACUGACGACCAAAGUGCUACUGAAGUUAUUGCUUUAAGUUUAUCAACGAACGCAAGUAAUGGUCUUAUUUUCUGGCAUGGACAAAAAGCUGGUGUCGAUGGAGGAGACAAAGAUUACAUCUCGCUAGCAGUGGUGGAUUCCUUCCUGGAGUUCUCUUACGAUUUGGGUGGUGGACCAGCACAUGUCAGAAACGUUUUCUUAAGGGUUGAUGAUGGUGCUGUUCACAAUGUGGUUUUGAAGAGAACUGGUAAAGAAGCCAGUGUCGAAAUUGAUGGUCUGUUCACUGAGUAUGGAGAAAGCGAAGGUGUUGACACAGAAAUGGACUGUCCAGGAAAUCUUUAUGUUGGUGGUGCGCCAGAUAUCUUCAGUUUAACAGGAGGCAGGUACAGUACAGGUUUCAAAGGAUGCAUAUACGAUUUAGAAAUUCAAGACGAAAGAUCUAUUGAUCUAAGGCGAAAGUCUUUGUCAGGAGUCAACGUUAAGAGAUGCACAAGUACACCAACGAGAAAUCUAUUUGGAGAAGAUGCUAUGUACCGCUAAAUAUUAAUAUAUAAAUAAUUACACG